AUGUCAAGCCCAAUCAUCCCCACUGGUGAAGCUCCACCACGGAUUCUCCCUUCGGAAGUACGAGUCGCUAUCAAGAGCAUGAAACCUGGCACAGCCUCCGGACCUGAUUUUAUAUCAGCAGACUUUCUUCGGGCUGGUGGCCAUCCGUUUCAUAAAGGUGACCGAGAGGACCUUCGGAACUACCGUCCGAUAUGCUUGCUGAGCGUGUUAUACAAAGUAUUCACCAAGAUCAUCCUCACCCGCAUAUCUAGAACGCUGGAUGAAGCCCAGCCUCAAGAACAAGCUGGAUUCCGCCAGGGGUUCAGCUGCUUGGACCACAUCCAGACCUUGUCGAGGGUCAUAGAGGUUUGCCGGGAAUACCGCCUGCCCCUUGUUCUAACCUUCGUCGACUAUGAGAAAGCCUUUGACAGCGUAGAAACGAAUGCAAUACUGUCAGCGCUGGUCGACCAACGUGUGGACACUUCGUAUGUGAGGACAUUAGCCAAUCGCUACGAUCGAUGCACGACUAGGAUACAGCUUUUCCACCGCCCUCUCACCAUACCCAUUGGAAAGGGGGUUCGACAAGGCGAUACUAUAUCGCCGAAGCUGUUCACAGCUGCAUUGCAAUGGAUAAUGAAAUCACUAUCCUGGGAAGAAAGGGGCAUACGUGUUGAUGGAAGAUUUCUUUCGAACCUUCGUUUCGCGGACGACAUCGUUCUCUUUUCGAGCAGUACCAAUAAAGCAGAAACGAUGCUCAACGAAUUGAACGAAGCAGGGAAGAGAAUAGGACUACGAAUAAACAGAAAGAAGACACAGUUCAUGAAGAACGCCUACUGCGAGGACGGAGGAGUACAACUUGAAGGCUCCCAAAUCGUGGAAACUCCGUCAUACGUAUACCUUGGACGUUCAAUGAACAUGGAAAACGACUUGAAAGAAGAACUAAAUAGAAGAAUGAGAGCAGCAUGGGCAGCAUUCGCAGCCGUCAGGGAAGCUACGGACCAACUGACGGACCAAGAUCUUCGUGCCCAUCUGUUCGACUCGACAGCCCUUCCAGCGCUCUGUUACGCAGCGGAGACGUGGGCAGACACCGCGGCCACGUCUAGGAAGCUACUUACUACCCACAGAGCCCUUGAGAGAUGUCUCCUGAAGUUUAACCGGCGCACACAACACCUAGCCGGUUUUCGUAGCUCCGACUUAAGAGGAAUGUCCCGUCUUCGCGACCCAGCGGAAUAUGUAUCGAAAACAAAACAUAGAUGGGCCGGUCACAUCAUGAGAAGAAUCGACGAUAGAUGGACUAAAAGAACGCUAGAGUGGAUCCCAAGGGGCGCUAAACGCUCCCGAGGGAGACCGCCAACGAGAUGGGGUGACAUGUUCGCUACACGGAUGGACCAGCUGAGAGCUCAGCUGGAUACGGCUCAAGGACCUCGUCAACGUCACUCACGAAGCUUGAGAACAUCUUGGAUGACAAUGGCGAGGGAACGAAACGAGUGGAAGAGAUGCUGGAGCCCGCACGUCCAGUGA